CCCAUGUGAUGAUAUUAAGUGCCUAUUUACACUAGCAUUAAAAGGGAUUGUUCAAGAAACACCCUAGAUAGCUACAAUUUAAGGGAUUGUUCAAGAAACACCCUGGAUAGCUACAAUUUAAGGGAUUGUUCAAGAAACACCCUGGAUAGCUACAAUUUAAGGGAUUGUUCAAGAAACACCCUGGAUAGCUACAAUUUAAGGGAUUGUUCAAGAAAACAUCCUAAAUAGCUGUAUAAACUAAAGGGACUCAUCAACCCUAUAUAGCUAUAAAGACUUAAAGGGACUGUUCCAGAAACGCCUUAACUUGCCCUGAUACUAAAGGGACGUGCUUUAUAACCUUCCAACUGUAUACUGAAGGGAUUCAACACUAAAGGGAUUGUUCACAACUUCCUUUAAUCUUUAAAAUGCUCUUUUAUUCUGCAAUGUAAUUUCUAGCUCAUUAUUGCAAAGAUACAUUGCAGGAAUAGAUUUGUAUGCUGUAUUCAUUGAUAAUUGUCCAGUUGUAUGGAAAUUAUUCAAUCUAGUUUAGAUGCAAUGUACAUCCAAGCUCACUAUUUGCAAGGAUACAUUGCACAUUAAUUGAUGCUGUAUUGAGCAGUAUUUGUAUUGAAAUUAUACCAUUUAUAUGGCAAAUUAAUUACAAUAGUUCUUAUACAAUGUAUGUCCAAGCUCAUUAUUGCAAGGUUACAUUGUAAAUAUAAAUGCAUCAUUUGAGCACCGUUUAUGUUUUCCAACUACAUGGAAACUUCUUAUCUAUGUGCUCUUAACCAUAUGUGAUCAUGUCUAGUAUGAGAACUCGAUCACAAGGUUUAUCUACAGCUAGUUCUGAUGGUGCUCUAAUUCCAGUUCCUACUCCAAGAACAAGACUUCCAAGUAGUUCUGAUGGUGCUCUGGAUCCAAUUCCUACUUUGAGAAGAAGGAUUCCAACUAAUUCUGAUGGUGCUCUGGAUCGAAUUCUCACUUUUAGAAGAAUAAUUCCAACUAGUUCUGAUGGUGCUCUGGCUCCAAUUCCGACUCUGAGAAGAAGAAUUCCAACUAGUUCUGAUGGUGCUCUGGAUCCAAUUCCUACUUUGAGAAGAAGGAUUCCAACUAAUUCUGAUGGUGCUCUGGAUCGAAUUCUCACUCUGAAAAGAAGAAUGUCAAAUAGUUCUGAUGGUGCUCUAGCUCCGAUUCCUACUCUGAGAAGAAAAAUUCCAAGUAGUUCUGAUAGUGCUCUGGAUCGAUUUCUUACUCUAAGAAGAAGAAUUUCAACUAUUUCUGAUGGUGCUCUGGCUCCAAUUCCUACUCUGAGAAGAAAAAUUCCAAGUAAUUCUGAUGGUGCUCUGGAUCGAAUUCUCACUCUGAGAAGAAGAAUGUCAAAUAAUUCUGAAGGUGCUCUAGCUCCGAUUCCUACUCUGAGAAGAAAAAUUCCAAGUAGUUCUGAUAGUGCUCUGGAUUGAAUUCUUACUCUAGGAAGAAGAAUUUCAACUAGUUCUGAUGGUGCUCUGGAUCCAAUUCCUACAUUGAGAAGAAGGACUCCAACUAAUUUUAAUAUUGCUCUGGAUCGAAUUCUUACUCUAAGAAGAAGAAUUCCAACUAGUUCUGAUGGUGCUCUGGAUCCAAUUCCUACUCU